AUGUCGACCAGUCCUGAUCCCAGGGGCACCUCUGCGGCCCCCGCUGGGCCUGUCGAGGACGCCAUACGCGCGAAGCUCACCGAGCUCCUCAAGCCCUCCCAGCUCGACAUCACCAACGAUUCCUGGCAACAUAGGCAUCACGCCCCCAUGCGCGCCGCCAGCGGUGGCAACGGCGAGACCCAUUUCUCGGUGCACGUCGUAUCAGACGCUUUCCAGGGGAAGAACACGAUGCAGAGGCACAGGAUGAUCUACGGCGCGCUCGCAGACGAGUUCGCGGCCGGCCUGCACGCGCUCUCGCUCAAGACCAAGACUGCGCUCGAGGUGCAACCGACGGCGUAG